AUGGUUAAGAUGGAGUCCCACGAGGUGUUCGUGAAGCCGUCUGCAGUGCAGCUUUUGCUGAAAGACUCGCCUUUGGGCAGGCGGCGGCGACGCUCUCGCCAUACAUUUUGCCGGUUCGUCACUCUUGGCGUCUUCUAUAGUCCUUCCAAGACAGGGUCUAACACCGAGUGGCUUCUUGAGCCCGAUCUGAAGGAUCGAGAUGAGCAGCAGACACGGAGUACAACCGGGCACUGCAACAGGUCCAAGAUCUAG